AUGGUGAAUCUAUAUUUUAAAGAUGAUGAUCUAAAAGAUGUCAAUGAUAAGAUCCAUAGCUUAGGUGAAAUGAUAAUCAAUUAUCACCAAUCUCCUUCGAUUGAAUCUGGAAUUCAAAAUGAAUAUUCCACGGAAAAAGAAGCCAUUGAUAAGAUAGUGAAGUACGUUAAGGACUUCGAAUACACUCAGGAUUUAAUCACUAGGAACGCAUUAGAAAUCUUGUAUCAAAUCUUCCAACUUCCUGGUUUGAAAAAGGACCUUGGCAGGGGAGCUUUGAUGAAUAUAUUUUCGGAUCCUUCUACUGGGGAUAGGAAUCUGAAGAUAUAUAUGGAAAUAAUACAAAAGCAUGCUCGGGAGGAAUUUAAAGAUUUGAAUAUCAAAAUAACUGAAUCUUUAUCUUACAAAGAUGAUCCAGCUGAUGUUAUCAGCACAAAAUCUUGGAAAGAUAUUCAAAAUGGAACUCACAAUGAAAAAGAACUAUUAGCUCUUAUGGAAAAUAUAAUUUCAAAAAGAAUUGAGCAAAUUUCAUCACAUCAAGUUGAUAAAUUAACAAAUUCUGAUCAUCUGAUCAAGACUCUUUUGAUCAUCAUCAAAUCCUCCAAAUCUGAAAAGAUUAAUCUUUUUGAUAAACUUUACCUUUUUUCUAGUCCUGAAGUUUUCUUAAAGACUGAAGAUAGGCUGGGCCUAUUAUUCUCAUUAGAGGAUAAAGUCUUUGCUCAAGAGGCCUGCAGGGGAUUUGCCAGUAAUUAUCCUCUUCUAAAAGAUCGUUAUCAAACUUUGGUGACAAGAGGCGCAAGGGCUAACCUUUCAAAUUGUUUCUGGGAAUACAUGAUCAAUUCUAAAACUGGCAAUAAAUUGAUCAAAACUUCUAAUACAGACGAUCCAGAAUUGAUAGAAGCAUAUGAAUUGCUGAAUUUAAGUUCAGAUGCAAUAAAAAUUGAUAAAGCUUUGGAGACUUUAAACAGAUUCUCACAAGAAGCUUUUGAUAAGCCAAAGGAAUGGAUUAAAGAUAGCUUCAAAUCAAUCAUCAAUAAAUUAUAUUUGUAUGGAAUAUCAAUAAAGAAACUUCAAAAUAAUCAAAGAGAUGUUAGAUAUAUCAAAGUUUUGAAAAUCUUGAAAGAUCUUUCAGAGAGAGAAAAAGAAAAUUUAGAAAAUCAGAUAUAUGUAACAGAAGCUCUCAAGGCUCUAGAACUGAUCUCAUUUGAUAACCAGAAACCCUUUGGAAGUCUCCCUUUCGCACCACCAGAGAUGACGGAUCCAUCUCUUUCAUUAUAUUCUUAUCGAUUUAAUUGGCAUAUCAAUAUUGUUUUGACUGAUUUGAAGCAUUACCCACUUGCCUGGAUUCCAGAAGGUUUUGGUAAGUAA